AUGACGAGCUUUCUUGGGAGUUCCGCUGCGAAAGCCAAGCGCUGGGCCACCAUAGACAAGGCCAAGAAGAAAGCUGCUAACAUACUGUUUGAACAAUACAAAGUGGACAGCCCCAACGGUCUCAAGCAACCGAAAGUCACUGCGAUAACUGAACCAGAAACUUCGACAGAAAAUCCCGGUGCGACUCAUGCCGGUUCUGAUGCUCAACCACAAGAUCCGGGAACUGAUGUAACAACCACAACCAUCCCCGGUAUUCUCAGCACACCCACCGACAACGAGGGCGGUGCCUCGGAGACGACCGAAGUAUCCAACGAGGAGACUGUACCGGAUGAUGCGAAUAAAACAGAUCUCGCCAGCCGAAUCAGCACCGAUCUUCAGUCGGGAGAAUACAGGGAUGCUGCAUCUCAGGCAAGCAAGGAAGUUGAUCAAACGGUCAUUAUCGCUCAGUCUAGUGCCUCUGGGCAAGGUCCUGCCGCUUCUGCCGCCUCAAAUUUCAAUCUUCGUGACGCUCCUGUGAUCGACUUCGGGGAGGUCGCACGCUUCAACCCAGCUUCAAGAGCUUCCGAUCCCAAAGAUGGUAAUUCAGUUCCCGUGGACAGUAAACUGGCCGAAAAGCUUUCCCAUCUGAAAGAUACCUCGAAAUAUCCUCUCAAAACAUUGCUCCGUAUGGGACGGAAAUGGGACACAGUGAUCACGAACGAUUUCCAGAUGACCAUCGAUUCAAACGCAACCUUCUACGAAUAUCGAAUCACAGGCAUACCGGCAUCCGAAUCAUGA